CGGGCGCUCUGAGUGGCCGCCAGGGGCCGGGGCGGGACGCGGGGGCGAGAAAAGGGCCGGGGUCCGGGCGGCGGUAGCUCGGGCGCGGGUCGCGGACGGGAUGCGCCUGACGCAGAGCAUGUGCACCAUCGCCGAGUGCGCGCCCGGCGGCGACGGCCCCGCCACCGCCCGGCCCCGCCUCGUCAAGAUCGCGGUGGUGGGGGGCAGCGGCGUGGGCAAGACAGCGCUCGUGGUGCGGUUCCUCACCCGGCGGUUCAUCGGCGACUAUGAACGGAACGCAGGUAAUCUCUACAGCAGGCACAUCCAGGUAGAUGGAGAGAUGUUGGCUAUCCAAGUGCAAGAUACUCCAGGAGUUCAGAUCCAUGAACACAGUCUGGAUUGUAAUGAGCAGCUGAACAGAUGCAUUCGCUGGGCAGACGCCCUGGUGAUUGUCUUCUCCAUCACUGACUAUAAGAGCUUUGAACUACUCAGUCACCUUUACCAUCAUGUUCGACAGCUGCAUCCAGGGAACAUGGUCCCUGUCGUCAUUGUGGCAAACAAAGCUGAUCUCUUGCAUAUCAAAGAGGUGGAGCCUCAGCAGGGACUUCAGCUGGCCAAUAUGCUGGGCUGUACUUUCUAUGAAGUAUCUGUCAGUGAAAACUAUAAUAACGUCUUCAAUGCCUUCCAUCUCCUCUGUAAAGAAGUCAAUAAACAGCAAAUAACCAGCACCCCUGAGAGGAGGAGAACCUCUCUUAUUCCACGGCCAAAAUCACCCAACAUGCAGGAUCUGAAGAGAAGGUUUAAGCAAGCUUUGUCUGCCAAAGUGAGGACUGUCACUUCUGUUUGACAGCACAGCCCGUGGUCUACUCAAUGUUUAGCUUGAGAUUGAAACCUGGGGUGUUUAACACUGGCACAUGUAGAAUCCAAGGUAUUGUGAAAGGAGGAUGGUUUGAGUAGCCUUUUGCAUGGUAGGAGUCUUCAAGCAGUUGCUUAAAAAAGGAACAGUAUCAGAUUAGAAAUGGAAAAAAAAAAGAACCCUAAAACCUUCUGAAAACGUUCUAGGAUGUGACUUGCUGAACAGGUAUUUUCAUUUGGAAAGGGAACUUUUCAGUAAAUGAAACAAUUUGCCUUUUCCCCAGUUGGACAGAUUUGGCUUUCAUUUGUGCAGAAGCAACCUUUUUGCUGUAACUCAGUUUGAGCAGGGAAAUGCCCUGAACUGCAGGUCCCUGUUCAGAAGUAACCGCUUGAGUUUUGUUCUCACAUGGAUGAAGGACAGCAUGAUGCAACUGUUUAAUUUUAUUGCACAGUGGAACUGUUUUUUUCUGUGUAUUUCAAAACAAAUAAGCAAACAUCAAAUGGUUCUGUAAAAAUAAGUGUAAAAUAAGUGGACAGGACUGAGCAUCAAGACUGUAAACAAUGGUCUUUAUUUUUUACUAGCCAUGUUAUUGCUGACAACUUGACCUUACUCUUUGUAUGUGAAGCUAUUGUCCACAGGGUGUAAACAUAUCUAAUUACAAACAACUCUUUUACUGUCUUAAAGUACUUUCCAGACUAAAUGAUCCAACAUUGAGCUUCUGAGGAAUGUGUGUGGAGUGAUAGUCUAAUACAGAUUCCAUUCUAAGGCAUCCUUUUCUCUCUCUCUCCUGUGUGCAGUAGGUGCAAAAAGAACAAAAGGUGUGAAGCAUGGCUGGCUCCAGGCAAUGAAGCUGAUGGCUUGUUCUGAGCUGAGCCAGACCCUCUUGGUUCUUUAAACAUAUGGCAGAUUUUAUAUAAAUACUUAAUUUUUUUAAUAUUGAACCAAUGGAGUUCAGAGCCUAAGGGCCUUAUACACAUGCACUUUAAAAAGCCAGUCGUGCUUUUGUUUAAACUGUAACUUAUUUAUUUUGUGUACAGUUACUCCUCCUAGGGAGUGGACUUUCCAUUCUUACUGCCUGGUACAACAUUAAAUUUUUGAAUUGCA